AUGAGUGAGCGUGGCUCUCCGCAGAGCGCAGUGUCCCGUCUGCUGCACGUGGUGGAGAGUGAGCUCCAGGCCGGGAGGGAGAAAGGCGAUCCGACGGAGAAGCAGCUUCAUAUCGUCCUGGAGGAUGCCCCUCUCUGGCGGAGGUUCAAGGAAGUCACCAAUGAAAUGAUCGUGACCAAGAACGGCAGGAGGAUGUUCCCUGUUCUAAAGAUCAGUGUCACGGGGCUGGACCCGAAUGCUAUGUACUCCCUGCUGCUGGACUUUGUCCCAACGGAUGGUCACCGCUGGAAGUACGUCAACGGGGAGUGGGUGCCCGCUGGCAAGCCCGAGGUCUCCAACCACAGCUGCGUCUACAUUCACCCGGACUCCCCCAACUUUGGGGCCCACUGGAUGAAAGCUCCCAUCUCCUUCAGCAAAGUCAAGCUGACCAACAAGCUCAAUGGUGGCGGGCAGAUCAUGUUGAAUUCGCUGCAUAAAUACGAGCCGCAGGUCCACAUAGUGCGUGUUGGAGGGUCCCACCGAAUGGUGAUGAAUUGCUCCUUCCCAGAGACCCAGUUCAUAGCUGUGACAGCCUAUCAGAAUGAGGAGAUAACAGCUCUCAAAAUCAAGUACAACCCUUUUGCCAAGGCCUUCUUGGACGCCAAGGAAAGAAAUCACCUGAAAGAUGUUCCCGAGGCGAUCUCUGAGAGCAAGCAUGUGACCUAUUCUCACUUGGGGGGCUGGAUCUUUUCCAAUCCGGAUGGCAUGUACACAGCAGGCACCACCAACUACCAGUAUGCCACUCCCCUGUCUCUGCCUGCUCCCCACUCCCACCACGGCUGCGAGCACUACCCUGGCCUCCGGGGACACCGGCAGGCUCCCUACCCUUCAGCCUAUGUGCAUAGAAACCAUUCUCCCACAGUGAAUUUGAUAGAAAGCUCAAGUGACAAUGUGCAAGUUUUUUCGGGACCUGAAAGCUGGACCUCUUUAUCCUCCACACCCCACACCAGCAUCCUAUCUGUACCCCACACCAAUGGACCCAUCAAUCCAGGGCCCAGCCCCUAUCCGUGCCUGUGGACCAUCAGCAACAGUGGCGGGAGCCACGCCGGGCCGGGACCCGAAGUGCACGCCAGCUCCCCGGGGGCCUUUCUCCUGGGUAACUCGGCGGUGACUUCAUCCCCUUCGGUGCUCGCCAGCCCAGCAUCUGCUUCGGCUGGCAUGGAAGUUCUGGGGGAGCCCUCGCUGACCAGCAUUGCUGUGUCCACCUGGACCGCAGUGGCCUCCCAUCCUUUCUCUGGCUGGGGUGGCCUGGGUGCGGGGGGGCGUCACUCUCCUUCUUCUUUGGACAGUUAG